AGUGCAGAGUGGAUAUGGCGGUUACAUGGACUUCCGUCACUUCUCCUUCCCCUCCGCCUUCUCCUCCUCGGAGUUUCUUCAGCGAGAGCCGACCUUCGCCGUUACCUCUCUUUCGCUUUAAGCCAUGCAGCUGUCGAUGCUCUUCUGACUCGCUCGAACAGACACUCUCUCCGAUUCACCAUACCUUCUCUCUCAUACAAGACUCUGCUGUAAUCGCUUGCCUUCGCGCCAAUAGAUCUGGCAAUGGAAGCUGCGCGUGCUGCUCUCGCUGGUGGCAUCUCCGUUAUGGAGAUAGUAAGGUCAACACCAUGUGUGUUUGAGGUUUUACAGUGUCUUGUGCAAGAAUAUCCUACAAAUGCCUUUGGUGUAAUGGUCUUCCUAGGAGCCCACACUGGAUGAGGAUCAGGAUUUCAUAACAUGUUUCUGUCUGAAAUGAAGCUGCUAAUUAAUGAUUCUUGCAGGUUGGGACUGUUUUAAAUUCACGGGAUGCAAGAAGAGCAAUAGAUUCUGGAGCCAAGUUUCUUAUGAGUCCUGUUACAGUUAAGGACAUCAUGAAGGAUGCUCAAGACAGUGAUGUUUUGUAUAUCCCUGGUGCAAUGACCCCAACUGAAAUAUUUUCUGCCUAUGAAACUGGUGCAAAGAUGGUCAAGAUUUAUCCUGUUUCUGCCUUAGGUGGUAUCCGCUACAUCUCAGCACUUAAGAAGCCUUUCCCUCACAUUCCAAUGGUUGCUUCUCAAGGCGUAACAAUAGAUUCAAUACAGGACUAUGUUGCCCAGGGAGCAAUAGCAGUUGUUUUAUCAGAUUCCAUAUUCAAUAAACAGGCAAUGGCUGAAAAUAACUUCAAUGUUAUACAUGAACUUGCCCAAUCUGCUACUUCCCAGGGCAGAAAAGCAGUAGGAAGAACUUCUGUCGACUCUAGAAGCCAAAAGUCCACCCAGAAAUGUUUGAGAUGAUGCAACCAAAGCUGUAAAUUGGCAAUUUAAAAUUUGAACGGGUCAUUUUUAAGAGAAAAAGUUUUCAACGAAGAGCUUUAUAGCAAUCCCAACGGUGGUUCUUACCAGUGAUGGUAGAGUGGAGGAACUGUUGGAGCUCCAUGAGUUGAAGCUGGUCAAGUCGCAGAUGCUAUCCUACCUAUGGAUUCAGAGUUUGCAUUACGUCAAGCUCUAAGGUUCAUAUCUGCUUCUUUCAAAGAUUUCAUUUUAUUCUCCAUUCAUGAGAAGGGGCAGGAAGUGGUGUUUACAAAACAAAAAGAAGAAGAAGAAGAAGAAGUUAUUGUGUUAUAAUUUGGUUUGAGUAUUUCAUUUAUGAGUUUUUCAUUAAGGUAUAAGUUAAGAGAGUUUUAAAUAUAUUUUUUAUGCAUUA